ACCGUCCGUUCCCUUGUCGACGCCCUUCGUGGCGCUCUCGCUGAGAUCGAGGCUGAAUCGGGUGCCGAGUGGGAGUUGGUUGAUAGCCCUAGGAACCCGGGGCUGCCCCGAGAGCAGCUCCCUUGCCUGCCUUUGCUUACCGCAGCCACUCCGCUGCUUCUCCUCCUCGCCUUUCCCCUGCUGGCCCUAGCUCUUUUCUUGGUCAACAGCCUCAGGCCGUCCGACCGCCUUCCCAGGGCCACGCGUGCGUGGCAGUCAGGUCUCCAGGCAGGUGCUGUCCUCCGAGAGGAUCGUUCGGUGGUGGAUCCUACCCCGCCUCGUUUCUUCACUUCCUUUGGGAAGUUGCACAGCGAUACAGUCUGCCACGGGUUUCCUACGGAGGGCGAACGCUUCGAGAUGGACUUGAUCCAAGAGUUUCUUUCGGCCCCUGCCGAUGCCGGGGCACUGGUCCUCGAGCUCCCUUGCAUGCCUCCCAGGCCCUGUGUUUUCGUGCCUCUGUUGUUGCGAGAGGGCGGCGUGCUGGCAGCAGUCCCCUUGGGUGCCCUCGACGAUGCUCUUUUGAAUGCCGGGCAAGGAGGAGGCCCCGAAUUGCUUGUGGGCCCUUCGACGGUCUUGACUGUACCUCUUGUCGAAGAAGAGGAGGAUGGGACACUGGUCCCCAAUGGCGACUCGGCGGACAUCGUUGUGGUGGAUUUUGCUAUGGAGGUUGCCCCGAACUUGUCGAGGUACGAUCCUGUGACUUCGCCCGUGGAGGUGUCUCCUUUUGUCGGUGGUCAGCCCCACCAGCUCCUCGUGCAUGCCGAUGCCCUGCAGCUAGCCCGAGCUUGGGUCACCACCCUCGCUGGCGACAGGAUGGCCUUUUAUUCCGCAGCCGAAGGUCCCGAGGUGGAGGCUCCCGCAGCCCUAGGUCAGGUGCCCAAAAGGCGAGCGGCCCCAAAGGCAAAGCGCGCCACUACUGCCCAGCUUGCCGAGAGCAUGGACUCAAUGCUGGCCUUGCUCCCCGCCUUGACCCAGCAGGUCCAGGAGAUAGCGGCCAGGUUCCUCCAGGUCAUCGCCACAUCGACGAGGCGACAGGGGAAGUGGUGCUACCGGCCGGCCGGGGCCACCAUCCCUGGCGGCCUUGGGCUCAGGUCGGGAAACUUCAUGCUGCACGUAAGCCAGCAGGCCUUGCGACGGCUGGCUCCAUCCGAGCCUUCCCCUGCCUCACGUGCCGAGCUGGCAGGCGACACGGCGGGAGCAGAGGAGCUGUUGGCCCUCACGAUGAUAGCGGUGGAGCAAGCUUCCCUGGACAACGGAAGCUGGGACAUAGGAGCCUUCUUCGGCCCCGUGCUCCUCCCAAGGAGCUCCCGCCAGCUCCUGCUCAGGCUCUUUUUCCGCUGCCAGCUUUGCCGAGCCUGCGGUGCCGUAGAGCCAUUUGCUGUGAGCUCUGCUGGGCGCCGAUCUGCGCAGCUCCUUGCGAGCUUAGGUGAGCUUUCGGAGCACUUGACAUGGAUUGGCCCGGGAAUUGAUCCCUACGGCCCUUUGUUCCACGGUGCGGCUCCCUCCUCCUCUGCCACUGCUGCUGUCCGGCCUUCGUCGCCAACUCCUGUGAAGCCGCCUGAGGCCGGGACUCCGGGCGACCUGCCGCUUGCAGCCAAGAAAGGUCUUGAGAUCGGGCCUCUCCGCCCCUGCUCUUCUUUGGAUGCCGGGCGCCUUAAGAUAUCGGGUCAGGCCAGUUGGGACCCCGUCCCCUUUCUUGACAGCGACCCCGAUUUGCGCAUGGCAUGCCUGGAGCCUGAUGUUCUGCUCUAUGGGGGCGAGCCCCCUCCUUCGGAUGUACCCUCCCUGGCCAGAGAGAGCGAGCAGGAGCUCCUGGCUUUGGCUCUGAAGUGGGACGAGAAAGGCCUCCUUUUCCUCAAGGGUGGAUUUGAGGAUCAAGUUUCCCCGGCCGAUGCGGUCAGGGUCUUCAAUUGCUAUAAGGACCGCCAAUGCGACCACCAGAUUGGGGACCGCAGGGAGGCCGACCUCCAGGGCACCCGUGCUUACGCAAACUUCUUGGCACGACAGGGCUGUGGAAGCUCCCGGCGCCCUCUGAGGCGGUCCUCUCUCCUGGUCCCCGAGCCUCGCCUCGUUGCUUGUUUCCAGGGGGUGUUUCAAGGAGAUCAUCUCGGAGUGGAGGUGGCCACCAGUGCUCACCGACGGCUUUUGCAGCACUACGACCUCUUACAGCCAGACCGGGAGCUCAGAGCAGGCCACAUCUUUCCAGACAGCCCGCUCCUAGAGGGGCUAGUCAUAGAUGAUUUCUAUUCGGUGAGCCUGGAGCACCAUGACGCUGACCCCGAGUUGUCGUUGGCGGUCAAGAGCUUGAGGAAGGCGGCCAAUGCUUAUGCUGACUUUGAGCUGCUGGGCUCCACUGAGAAGGACGUGUGCGGGGCCGAGGUGCUCCCAUUGACCAGGCAGGUUGCUGAUGAGGCCCUCUGUGCUGCGCUGGCCCCUCUGGCUACCUCUGAUCUGGCUGCCCCGUGGGACCCGACCCUGUAUGCCACAGACAGCAGUGACAGUAGGGCAGCGAUUGUCAAAGCCGAUGUUCCGGUCGAGCUGUCCCGGCUUCUUUGGAGGAGCUCUGACAGGAAGGGGGCAUCGACAAAGCUCCUUUCGCGUGCACAGGCGUGUCUUAAGAAGGCCGAUCUUUUCUUCGAAGAGAUGCCCGGGAACGAUGUUUGGGAAGGAGGUGCCUGUGAUGACUGGGCUUCUUCGCCCUCCUCUUCCUUCCCUCCCUGCCCUCGGCCGGUGGGGUUCCGUUUCCAUUUUCUCCAGGUGGGGGGUACCUCUGGAUACAUGGCUGAUUGCUUGGCUUCCCGAGGCUGGUCCGUCGGCCCUCUCCUUGACCCUGCCUUUUCUCCUCACUAUGAUCUCGGUGAGGAGCCUUUUCUUCUGUGGCUUCUUCAUUUGCUGGAGGCUGGGAAGCUGGAUUCUCUUUUGAUCCUGCUUCCUGGCUCUACCUUUUCUUCGGCUGCGCGGCCGAUUUCCCGCACCUUCCGUGAGCCUUUUGGAGACUGCUCCUCCUCUAAGGCCCGCUCGCAUCACGACACUGAGCCUUUUGGCCUAGAAAGUGUCUUGGUCAAUGACCUGGCCCAGGCUUUGGAUUGGAAGCUUGUUGCCGCCUGGGACUGGAGGCGCGAGAGGCAUAUCACUGUCCACGAGACGGGUGCCUUCAAGCACCUGUGCAUGAGGAAGGCUAGGGGCACCAUACCCAGCCGGUUCGCCUCUUUGAUCGACUCUAACGUGUCGAGAUGUGCCAUCAGCAAAGGGCGUUCCCCAUCGUCUGCUUUGACAGCCGAGCUUCGGGAGAUUUCGGCUUUAAGUUUGGCCUUUGGACUUUACGGCGUUGGGCUGCGAAUUGGGCCCGCCUCGUCCUUCUCUCCAGCCAUUGCUUGCCUCCUCUACCCGAGGAUCGUUUCGCUAAGGUCCUGCCUCACCAGGCCUUGCCGCCAUGGAAGCCUUGAGCCCAGAAAUGUCGGGGACUGGAACCGGCUAGAGGGAAGAAUUGGUCGGCCACUCCCGGCUGGAAGGCCAGUCGAGAAAGCCACACAGUCUGCAAGGGACUCCUUAUGGAAUGCUUUCAUGGCUUGGUGCCGAGCUGAAGCUAUCCCUGAGGAGACGUUUGUAUCAGAGGGCCCGGUUGACGUUGACGUCAUAAACGCUGUGAUGUCGAGAUACGGAAGGGCCCUCUAUGAGGCUGGAAGGCCCUACAACCAUUACUCUGAGACUGUGAAUGCCCUUGCCAGCAAACUGCCAAAGAUAAGGAGACUCCUUCAACCAGCCUGGGACGUAGCUUUUCAAUGGCAACGACUGGAGCCCCACAUCCAUCACCAAGCUAUGCCAUGGCAGGUGCUACCGGCGCUGAUCACGGCCUCUUUGUUUUGGGGCUGGUUAGAUGUGGCUGGUAUGAUGGCACUUGCCUGGGGAGGCCUUGGACGCAUUGGGGAGUUGUUCGCGGCGACCCGAGGGGAUCUGGGCCUCCCUUUGGAUGUGCAGGGCACCAUCGACUACAUCCUGCUGGCUAUCAAGGAACCAAAAACACGAAACACCGCCGCCCGUCACCAAACCUUGAAGCUGGACCACCCGGAGCUGAUGAGAGUGGUUUCGCUUGCGUUUGCCAGGAAGCACAGGGCCCAAUUUCUUUGGCCCUUUGCUCCUGGCACAUUUCGGCAACGCUUCGCAAAGCUCACUGAGGCCCAUGAGCUGGGACGCUUCAAAGAGGUAGGCCUCCGCCCCUUAGACCUUGGGUCUCUUUGA